AUGGAAGGAUCCCCAUCAUGUGUAGUCUGGGAAAUUCGGAAGGAGAGGAACUGCAGGUUAUUUGAUGACAAAUCCAGAAGGUUAGAAACAAUGCUUAAUUUAACUGAAUCAGUUAUAGUGGAUACAGUUAACUGCAAGACAACUUUCUCUUUGGAACCGCCUAAAUCUUUCUUCUCAUGGGAUGAAAUCAUUAGGAAAAAUUGGCAUGGAAUAAGGAUUCCACCCUCCUUUGGGCAAAAAAACAAUAUGAGGAAGGCUGCUACCUGGUCCCCUCCAAAUCCUGGCUGGCUAAAACUAAAUUUUGAUGGUGCUUCUAGAGGCAAUCUGGGUCCUUCAGGCAUAGGAUAUGUAAUCAGAGAUCACACAGGAUCAAUCCUACGGAAAAUGGAAAAGUCGAUUCCUCCGGACACAAAUAACAUAGCAAAAUUCAAAGCAAUGCAAUUUGGAUUGAUAGAUUGCAUAAGGCAUGGUUUAAAAUACAUUUUAGUGGAGGGUGAUUCAGAGAUAGAAAUAAAUGCAAUCAAGAGGAAAAAACUCCAAAUUGGAGAUUGCAGGGAAUCUUAG